GGACGUCAUGUCGGACACCAUGAGUCAGACGGCGGACAGCGACGGCGGCGGCAGCAGCAGCACGGACGACAAGCGGUCCCGCAGCGAGCUCAGCUCCCCCACCGACCUCCGGCCCCCGGAGACCUUUAACAGGUCCGUCAUCCACCGGCGCAAGCGGACCGACGGCCUGUUCCGCCGGCCCCUGGGCCGCUCCAACGACAACCAUCACCACGGCAACGGCGGCGCGAUGGAGCGCAGCUCGCCGCCCGUCACGGGCCACUUCAGCCCGCGGGAGAUGCUGCUGGGGCGGGGCCAGGGGAUGACCCCGCCCCUGGACAGCCCCGAGCGGCGGCGGCGGUCGGCGGCGGCGGCCGUCACCAUGAUGGUGAGCCGCCACGACUCGCUGCGGCGGCCCGAGGACACGCCCCUCCGGCGCUCCAGCAGCGGGCAGCACAGCUUCACCGACGCCCUGCGCUCCCGCGCCCUGGACCCCGACGCCAUGGCCCAGGACAUGGAGGAGUCGGUGAGCGUGGUCCUGGGCGAGCUGCGGCAGCUGGAGCGCCAGGGCUGCCGGCCGGCCCCCGAUGUGGUCCUGGACACCCUGGAGCAGAAGAGCGGCUCCACCUCCACCUCCACCUCCUCCUCCACCAACACCACCUCCUCCUCCACCGCCACCACCUGCUCCUCCGAGUCGCCCAGCCCCCACAGCACCCCCAGCACGCCCGGCACCCCGGGGACCCCCGGGACCCCCAGCCCGCUCAGCCCUCUGAGCCCCAUGAGCCCGCUGCCCGGCCCGCCCCCCCGGCCCGGUAACCCCUCCCCCGACGGCAUGGCGUCCUUCAAGCCCGUGGCCGCGGCGGCGGGGGCACCCCCCCGCAUGGGGGUCCCGCUGCGGCCCCCGGCCCUGAGGCCCAAGCCGCCCGUGCCGCCCAAGAGCAGCACCCCCCCGCCGCCGUCGCCGCUGGACAAAUCUUGCACCAUGUGAGUCCGAUUCAAGGCCCCCCCGAAUCCGGGCCCGAAAUCAGGCCGGCCCCAGGCCCGAAAUCAGGCCUCGAAUCCAGGCCCGAAAUCAGGCCGGCCCCAGGCCCGAAAUCAGGCCUCGAAUCCAGGCCCGAAAUCAGGCCGGCCCCAGGCCCGAAAUCAGGCCUCGAAUCCAGGCCCGAAAUCAGGCCGGCCCCAGGCCCGAAAUCAGGCCUUGAAUCCAGGCCCGAAAUCAGGCCCCGAAUCCAGGCCCGAAAUCAGGCCGGCCCCAGGCCCAAAACGGGGCCCAAAAGAGGUGAUCAGGGUAUAGCUUACCGUUUAUAAUCAAACAUGAGGGUAGAGAUGGUAGGUAAGAGAUGUUUAAAAUAAGAAAAAAAAAUCGGAAGAAUAUUAAGAAUAAUAAGGGUUUUACUGUAGUAAUAACAAAACAAAAAAAAAAGUA